CAACAAAGGCGCCAAUAUGGAUGCCGUGAAUGAUUUUAAUCAGACUCCUCUUCAUUAUGCUGCUGAGAAUGGUCAAAAGAAUGUUGCUGAACUUCUCAUCAAAAACGGAGCCAAAGUUUAUAUUAGAAAUAAUGAGAAUCGAACACCUCGUCAGUUAGCUGUUAUCUAUGGUCGCAAUAAUGUCGCCAAACUUUUUAUCGGUAAAAGAAACCAAAUUAAUAUUGAAGAACAAUUGGAAUAGAUUCAAUAUGCUGCCAA